AUGUCUCAUUGCAGCAUGGCAAGCCGAAGCGAGCUUAGGUUUGCGAUGUUUGGAGGUGACAUCUCCAGCUCGAGCGGCGACGAGAGGGACGAGGGGACGGCGUGGAGGAGGCGGCCGAAGGAGCCUACACCGCCAUCACCACCCAGAGAGCGGAGGGUGCCUCGUCGGGGGACCUUCAUUCAACGGUCCGACGCCGACCAGCGGCGAAAAGCGAGCUUCCUCGCCCAGCUCCCCCCACCACCACCCAGGGGACGCCGGACACGAAGGAAGCCCCCCGAGGGGUACGCCGCCAAGGCUCCCCCCGCGCCCCCUUCCACGCGCCCCGCCCCAUCGCCGUCCGCACCGCUACGCGCGCCGCCACCAAGGCCCGUCGCGACCAUCACGCCGCAACGUGCGCGACCAACCGCGCCGCCACCAGCGUCACCGAUCGCGCCGCCGCCGGUCGCGCCACCGGCACCCGCGCCGUUACCUGCGCCACCGACCGCUCCGUGGCCGGAACCACCAACCGCGCCACCAUCAGCGCCGCCGCACCACGGCUACCAUACCGUCCGGCCCGCACCACCCUUCCCGAACGGGACCGGCCCGGCACCGCCGGUGGGGUAUACCCCCCCGGUGCGCGUGGCAUUACCGAACGGGAGGGUGGUAGCGGUACCGUAUCACGCCGCCGUGGUGCGCCUCCCGGGCCGACCAUCCGCCCCACCACGGGAUUCGGCGUCUACGGACGCCCGUCCCGAGAGUCUAGUACCCCCGUCGGGAACCGAUCCCACCACGCUGCUGGGAGCGCGUGGGGAUCGCCCCGACGGAUAUAAAAGCCGAGCUCGAUCGGGAUCGAGCACCAGUCCCGUCCUGUCGACUGAGUAG